AUGUCUUCAGCAAAGAAAGCAUUUGUAAAGACUAAGGUCGCGAAACAGACUUUUACGAUACCAUUAUCAGAUGUACCAAAUGAAGAAGAAAGCUCAGAAGACGAAAAUGAAAAUAUAUACUCAUUUAGUGAAGACGAAGUGGAUGACAACAAAGAAAUUGAAGAGGAUAACGAUGACAACAAAGAAAUUAAAGAGGAUGACGAUGACAACAAAGAAAUUGAAGAGGAUAACGAUGACAACAAAGAAAUUAAAGAGGAUGACGAUGACAACAAAGAAAUUAACAUUGAAGAAGUGGAUGAAUCGAAAGAUCUUUUGGCUUCAUCAUUGCCAAAAUACAUGAGACAAGCCGAAGGUGUCUUGAGUAAAAAACAACUAAAGAAAAUAAAAAAUAAAAAAUUAAAAGGAACUCUACAACGUACCGAAAAAAGAUUUAAUGAGGCUGCACGAAAAGCAGCGAGCUCAGAAUUAUUAUUGACCGAGGAAGCUGGCCACCUUGAAGCUGAAGGCAUGGAAAAAACUUCCCAAAUUACACAAGAGAAACUAAAAGAGCAUGUAGAUCUAAAUUCGGCGUCAAAGAUAUUUAAUUUAAAUUUACCUACUUUUGGACCCUACGCUUUAGAUUACACUCGAAAUGGCCGAUACAUGUUGAUAGGUGGUCGAAAAGGUCAUAUUGCAACUUUUGACUGGCAAACGGGUCGUCUUGGCUGUGAAUUCCACGUUAAGGAAACGGUACGGGAUGUCAAAUGGCUUCAUAACGAACAAUAUUUUGCCGUGGCUCAGAAAAAAUACGUAUAUAUUUAUGAUCAGAAUGGACUCGAAGUACAUCGUCUAAAGAGACAUAUCGAACCUAAUAGGCUAGAGUUUUUGCCAUAUCACUUUUUACUUGUUUCUGUGGGAAAUGCCGGGUGGUUGAAAUAUCAAGACACGUCUACCGGGAAAUUUGUCGUUGAAUUACGAACAAGGCUUGGCAGAUGUGACGCGAUGACUCAGAAUCCCUGGAAUGCAAUUAUUCAUUUAGGGCAUGCUAAUGGUACUGUCACACUAUGGUCACCAAACAUGUCAACGCCGCUCGUUAAAAUGUUGACGCAUAAAGGUCCUGUGACAGCACUAGCAGUUGAUCGGACUGGAAAGUAUAUGGCAACUUCUGGUCUUGAUGGAAAACUCAAACUUUGGGAUGUCCGAACAUAUAAAUCGUUGCAAGAAUACUUUACGCCUACUCCUGCCUGUUCGCUCUCGAUUUCACAGCUGGGGCUGUUGGCUGUGGGGUGGGGACCUCAUAUUAGCGUUUGUACCUUUAUUUUGUUUCUUCCCGGAAGUAAAUCACCAUAUAUGACACAUAUCCAACGCGGCACGCAACUACAAGACCUCCAUUUUUGCCCGUACGAGGACGUGCUGGGGUUCGGUCAUUCGCAAGGAAUAUCAAGUCUAAUCAUUCCAGGUUCUGGAGAACCGAAUUUUGAUAGUUUGGAAGCGAAUCCAUUCCAGACGAAGAAACAAAGGCAAGAGGCUGAAAUUCAACCUGAAAUGAUUACUUUGGAUCCAUCGUUUAUUGGUAAAAUGGAUCGUGCUCCACAAGAACUUCGAGAAAAAGAACGUAUGGAACGAGAGUUAAAAAAGGCUGAGCAAGUCGCUGGUGACAUGUCAAAUCCUCGUAAAAAGACACGAGGCAAAAAUUCUUCGUUGAAACGAUACUUGCGAAAGAAAAAUAAGAAUGUUAUUGAUGAAAAGAGGGUACAAUUUGAAGAAAAAAUUGCACGUGAACGACAAGAACGCGAAAAACGUAAGCGUGGAGAACUGGAUCACGAUAAGGCAUUUACGGCUUUAGAUCGGUUUAGUAGUGAUUAUAGUAAGAGAAAAAAGAUUUAG